ACGUAUCUCCUCCGGCGCCGGUCAUAUAUCUACCGAUGACUCAGUCAAUCAUAUCCCCAUCUUCCCUUACCUUCCUUCUCCGAGGAUGACUCCAUCGUCCCAGCCAUUUAAUAAAACGAGCAAUUUAAAUCUUUGGCGUUCUCUAUCUAAUGAUUUAUUUAUUUAUUUCGAGUAGUUAAUCUUUUGUUGGGCUGAGAGUUUCUUCACACAAUGAUAAUGAUGAGCUAACCAAAAUAAGAGAACAGUAUUUUUGACUCUGAACGACUGAACUGGGACGUGUUUUAUGGUUAAGAAGCAGGUGAACUGUGGGAGAUUAAUGGCCGGUGUAAGUAGAGGGGACCUUGGAAUCGACGACGAUAUAUAUGAGGAGAAGAAGAAUAUCCAAAAUCUCAACAUCGAAGGAGGAGUAGACAAGGAGAAGGAUCCAAUGAAUCGGUCAGCAUCCCGUCCCCAGCUGGACCUCAGUGGAGCUGCAAUUCAUGGGAAUUUUGAGGUGAAGGACCCUGCAAUUCUCUUGCCUAACCAGUCUGAUGAUAUAUCCCAUUUAGCUCUGGACAUUGGAGGAUCUCUUAUCAAGCUGGUGUACUUUUCAAGACAUGAGGGUGCUCAAGUAGAUGACAAGAGAAAAAGGAAAGUCAAGGAGAGAUUUGGUGUUUCUAAUGGUCAUAGAAGGACCUAUCCUAUCCUUGGGGGAAGACUUCAUUUUGUGAAAUUUGAGACUACAAAGAUUAACGAGUGCAUGGAUUUUAUCUCUUCCAAACAGCUACACUGUGGUGGGUUGGAUACCCCCCGUUGGCAUUCUGAGGCACCACACAAUUACAAUGCAAUAAUCAAGGCUACAGGUGGUGGAGCAUACAAGUUUUCUGAUCUUUUCAAGGAAAGGCUUGGAGUGAGCAUAGAAAAAGAAGAUGAAAUGGAUUGCCUCGUUGCUGGAGCUAAUUUCUUGCUCAAGGCCAUUCGUCAUGAAGCAUUUACUCAUAUGGAGGGUCAUAAAGAGUUUGUGCAGAUAGAUCACAAUGAUUUGUUUCCUUAUCUCCUUGUAAAUAUUGGCUCCGGUGUUAGUAUGAUCAAGGUUGACGGGGAUGGGAAGUUUCAGAGGGUCAGUGGAACAAAUGUUGGUGGUGGUACAUAUUGGGGACUGGGAAGGCUAUUAACAAAAUGCAAGAGUUUUGAUGAAUUGCUCGAGCUGAGUCAACGUGGAGAUAAUCGAACCAUAGAUAUGCUUGUUGGUGAUAUCUAUGGUGGUAUGGAUUAUUCUAAGAUUGGUCUCUCAGCAUCAACAAUUGCUUCAAGUUUUGGCAAAGCCAUUUCAGAAAGCAAGGAGCUCGAAGAUUACAGACCCGAAGAUAUCUCUCUGUCUCUCUUGCGUAUGAUUUCAUAUAAUAUUGGCCAGGUAUCUUAUUUGAAUGCGCUCCGUUAUGGUCUCAAGCGUAUAUUCUUUGGAGGAUUUUUUAUACGGGGCCAUGCAUACACAAUGGAUACAAUCUCAUUUGCAGUUCAAUUCUGGUCUAAGGGUGAAGCUGAAGCCAUGUUUUUACGACAUGAAGGCUUUCUCGGUGCUUUAGGUGCAUUUAUGAGCUAUGAAAAACAUGGUUUGGAUGAUCUAAUGGUCCACCAGUUGGUUGAAAGGUUCCCAAUGGGUGCUCCAUAUCUGGGAGGAAAUAUACACGGACCACCGCUGGGGGAUUUGAAUGAGAAGAUAUCAUGGAUGGAAAAAUUUGUUCAGAAGGGAACAGAAAUUAUUGCUCCUGUCCCAAUGGCCCCACCAGGAACUACAGGGCUUGGAGGCUUUGAAGUUCCUUCAUCUAAAGGUGUUCUUCGGCCUGAUGCUAGCAAAUUAAAUGUUGGUGUCCUUCAUCUUGUCCCAAGCUUGGAGGUUUUUCCAAUCUUGGCAGACUCAAAAAUAUAUGAACCUAACACUGUAGACCUCUCCGAUCUCAGUGAGCUAGAGUGAGUUCUCUUUGCCAAAGAUGAUACUCCCUCUGCCCCUAAAAAAGUUCCUAGUUUGAAUUGCAUGGAUUUUAUUGAAUAAAUUUUUUUGUCUGAU